AUAUGUGGAUGAUAUGAGAAGAAAAUUGAGUAGGAUAGACCCCAACUGAUCUCAUUCCUCCUCCACCAAAAUGGAGAUUGGAAGACCCUCUUCUUCACCAUUCAUAGGCCUAGGCAGCCUCAUCUUUCUUGUUUUGAUGGUUUUCCAUAUUCAAACAAGCUACGCAAAGCAUCAUAAUCAUCAUCCUUGCCCUGCAUCUUCAUGUGGAAAUAUACCCAAUAUAAGCUACCCUUUUCGGCUCCAAACCGAUCCGCCAAACUGCGGGAAGAAAAGGUUUGAACUAUCUUGUGAGAAUAACAACCGCUCUACUGUCUUAAACUUGUUUUCGGGAAAAUACCAUGUCCGUGCAAUCAAUUACAAUAACUACACGAUCCGACUGGCUGACGUCAAUAUUGACAAGGCUAAUUGCUCCUCGGUACCUCCUUACACUUUGUCCAAUUAUAACUUUACUCACAAAGAUCCAUAUUUAACUUCACUCAGAAAGAUCCAUAGAAGCAAUGGAUCAUAUUGGUAUACGACGUAUGAGUUACUCUCAGAAGCUAUAACAUUCGUCAAGUGUGAACAUCCAGUUGAGUCUUCUCUUUACAUACCCAUUGAUCCAUGCGUUAAUAGUAGUGGUGUUGGUAGUACUACUUUAUCCAAAGAGGACUACUACUCUUAUGUGAAGGUUGGGGCAACAAAUACAUCGAAGAUAGAGGAUUCUUGCCGCAUAGAACUGAUGGUUAUGAUCACAUCACGACUGCAGAGAAGUUGGGAAAACAGGAGCACCAACAUUUCCUACAAAGACAUACGCAAUCAACUUGUAUGCGGCUUUGAGCUUUCAUGGUUGCCAAGUUUUGCUAAAUAUAUUGCACAAGGUGACACUUGCUAUGUCAAUGGCUCCAAUAACAUGGUCUACUGCCGUAAGUGGAAUUUUACUUUUUCGACCACUUUUCAAAUUGCCUUGCUUGUCCCGGUCAUGAUCAUAUUGAUAGUUUAUUUUGGCUGGAUUCUAUUUGGAAUUGCAUUUCUUAUCUGUGGAUGGCAAAGGCGACAUUUAUCAACGUAUAACAUUAUCGAAGAUUUCUUACAAACUAACACCGAUCUUAUGCCUGUAAGGUAUUCGUACUCCCAUAUUAGAAAGAUGACUAAGGGUUUCAAGGACAAACUUGGUGAAGGAGGUUAUGGUUCUGUCUAUAAAGGAAAGCUUCGUAGUGGACGUUUUGUAGCAAUCAAGAUACUGGAGAAAUCCAAGGCUAAUGGGCAAGAUUUCAUCAAUGAAGUCUCUACCAUUGGAAGGAUUCACCACAUCAAUGUUGUGCGGCUUGUUGGUUUCUAUGCUGAGGGAUCAAAACGUGCUCUUGUAUACGAUUUUAUGCCUAAUGGAUCUCUUGACAAAUAUCUUUUUUCUCAAGAAGGAAUUAACUCCUUAGAUUGCAAGACAAUGUGUGAAAUCUCAUGCGGAGUGGCUCGUGGUAUUGAAUAUCUUCAUCAAGGAUGCAACAUGCAAAUCCUGCAUUUUGAUAUUAAGCCGCAUAACAUUCUUUUGGAUGAGAAUUUUAUUCCAAAAAUUUCUGAUUUUGGGCUUGCAAGAUUAUCCCCAUUACACAAUAGCAUUGUUUCUCUUACCGCAGCAAGAGGAACCAUGGGAUACAUAGCUCCAGAGUUGUUUUACAAGAAUAUUGGAGCAGUUUCCAAUAAAGUAGAUGUUUAUAGUUUCGGAAUGCUAUUGAUGGAAAUGGCCAGUAGAAGAAAGAAUUUGAAUGCAAGUGUAGAUCAUACAAGUCAAAUUUACUUUCCUUCAUGGAUUUAUGAUCAAUUCAAGGAAGGAAACGAAGUUGAAAUGGGUGAUACAACAGAGGAUGAAUCAAAAGUAAGAAAGAAGAUGAUUAUAGUUGCAUUAUGGUGUAUACAGAUGAAUCCAAAUGAUCGACCAACAAUGAGCAGGGUCAAAGAGAUGCUUGAAGGAGAUGUUGAAAGCCUGCAAAUGCCUCCAAAGCCUUUUGUAUGUCCAUAAGAAAAGCCUGUAAAUGACGAAGGGGUGAAAUUAGAUUCAAGAUAUUCAACAACAGCUUCAUGUCUAGAUGACUCCGAAGAGAUUAGUCAAAUUAUAUAAUCAAGUUAAAGAGAUAAAGUCUACGAAUGGUAGGUUUGUUGUUUUCACAUUUGCAAAGACAAAUAUAUGCUUUUAUCUCUUUACUUGUUUUAGAAUCAAACUCUAAUUUACGAUGCCAUGAGACUCUGUAUUAAAUUAAACUUUUCCUUUCUAAAAGCAGAGUAAUUUAUAUGUUGAGGGAUGAUUCCGAUUGGUCUAAUGAAAAUAAUGCCAUAUUAUCAUGCUA